AUGGAAAAUAAAAUAACGUAAGUAAAUCCUCUACGACUCUGUCAAAUUUAAUGCACCAUAUAUAUUAUAUAUACACACUGUGUCCCCUUUGAAAAAUAUGAGAGUGAGAGAGAAUGGGAACUUCAUUUGUGCUAUUAGUAGUGACAAUUAUGGGAAUUUUCAUUAGAACACAUGAAGCUCAACUUGCUUAUGAUUACUAUAAGUUUUCCUGUCCAUUUGUAGAAAGCACAGUGAGAACAGAGAUGUUAAAGAUUUUCUUGUCUGAUAUUAGCUCCCCAGCAGCAUUUCUAAGACUCCUUUUCCAUGACUGCCAAGUUCAGGGAUGUGAUGCCUCUAUUCUGUUGCAAUCCCAUGACUUGAGUUGUAAUUCUGAAAUGGAAUCUUCUAGAAAUUUUGGUGUUAGAAAGUUGGAUAUGAUAAACCAUAUCAAGACUGUAUUGGAGAACAAGUGUCCUGGUCAAGUAUCUUGUGCAGAUAUAAUAGCUAUGGCUGCUAAAGAGUCUGUAUUUUUUACAGGAGGACCUGAAAUUAGAAUCCCUCUUGGUAGAAAAGACUCAGUAAUGUGUAGUAGUUCACAACAGGCUGAUGCCAAUAUUCCAGGACCAGGAAUAUCUCUCAACAAAUUACUUCACAUUUUCACUUCCCAUGGAAUGACCAUUGAGGAAUCUGUUUCCAUGUUAGGUGCACAUACACUUGGCGUGGGGCAUUGCUUAAACAUCGCAAGUAGAUUAUAUGAUGGCAAUCCCGAAGAUCAAAUGAAUUUGGGGUUUGAAGCACACCUAAAAUGGAAAUGCCCAACAAGAGUUCCUCUAACAAAUCUCACUUUUGUGUCCAUUGAUUCCACCCCAAUUGCAUUCGAUAACCAAUACUUUAAAGAUCUCUUAAUGGGUAAGGCCUUGUUUGGCAUCGACUCCACCAUUGCAAGAGAUCCCUUGACCAACCCCAUUGUUACAAGGUUCGCUACUGAUCAAGACUACUUCUUCAAAGUUUUCAGUUCUGCCUUCGUGAAGCUUUCUUCUACAAAAGUUCUUACUGCUAAGGAAGGUGAAGUGAGGAGGCAAUGCUAUCGUAGAAACUAAGAAACUGAGAAAAUAUUAUUACAUAUACAUCAUUCUAAAGUGUGAAUAAUGGAAAAUAUCUUCCAGCCUUGAAAAGGUAAGCUAUGGUCCAUGAUAAAGAUAUGGUUAAAAGUAGGAGAGUGGAGCUAAAUUCUUUUGUACUCUUUCAUUUAUGUAUAAAAUGUAUAAUUGUAAUAA